UCGACAAUACGUAAUGCUGAUAAAAUAGUUGUUAUUCAAAAAGGUGUAGUUGUUGAAGAAGGCGAUCAUGAAACAUUAAUGAAUAAACGUGGAAAUUAUUAUGCACUUAUUGAAGCACAAAAUUUGAGAAGAGCUGAAGAGGAAAAUGAAUCGGAAUAUGAUGAAGAAGAAGACGAAGAUAAUUUACAUGUUCGUCGGGAGAGGACUUCAACUGUGAUAAGUUUAACACCAUCUGUUUUUACUGCUAUCCGUGGGACACAAGAGAAUGACAAUAACGAUAAAAGGAAAGAUUCUUCAGAAAAAAAACCGUCACCGGUAUGGACUAUGCUUAAAAUGAACAGUCCGGAAUGGUUAUAUAUCGUAUUUGGAUGCUUAGCAAGUCUUUGUAAUGGUGGUAUUCAACCGGUUUAUGGUUAUUUAUUUGCAUGCAGUGGAGAAAUAUUAACAAAACGAUUAAGAGCAAAAGUAUUCCAAACAAUGUUAAAACAAGAUGUAACUUUUUACGAUGAUCCGACAAAUAGUACGGGAGCUUUGUGUACUCGUUUGGCAGUUGAGACCUCAGCUGUCAAAGGAGCGACAGGCAUUCGACUUGGUUUGAUGCUUCAAAAUUUAGCUAGUCUCGGUGUCGGCAUUAUUCUCGCAUUUAUAUUUGGAUGGGCAUUAACUCUGAUGUUGUUGGGAUUUACUCCACUAUUAGUAAUUAGUGGCUUUUUACAAACAAAACUAAUGAGUGGAUUUGCCACCAAUGACAAAAGAACACUUGAAAAAGCUGGAAAGAUCACUGUUGAAGCCAUACAGAAUAUUCGUACAGUAGCUCAGCUAACAAAAGAAAAACAUUUUGGUGACGAAUAUACUCGUUUAUUAGACAUCCCAUACAAAUCACCAGAUUACAAUAAAGCCGUUGAAGCAGCUAAGAAUAUUUUGGACUUAUUUGCAAGAAAACCAGCUAUUGAUAAUAGCUCAAGUGAUGGCGAACAAAUAGCAAACUUUAGUGGAGAACUUGAAUUCGAGGGGAUGUAUUUUGUGUAUCCGACCAGGCCCGAUGCAAUCGUUUUACGAAAUUUCAAAUUGAAAGUUAAAGCUGGUUAG